CUCAAGGAUUGUGGAGGCUUUUGAUACUCCGGCAUAUUAUAUACAUACUUGUACUGAAUCUUGAGUAGGGAGCAUAGUAUGCAUUUCACCGUUCGUUGAACACUUUCAUCUUCAUCAACCAUUCUCAUCAAAACGAAUCGUGAAACCAUGCCGCCAGGCUCUAUCCUAGAUUCCGCCGUGACCAAUGGCCACCCUGCCUCCAAUGGUACCAAUGGGACUAACGGUGCCAAUGGCACCACCAGCACAGAAAACAUACCCGUAACAAGUAUCCUCGUCGACUUCGUCGCCAACGCUUCUACCGACUAUCUCACCUCUCCCAUCCGCGACAGACUCAAAGAAUACAUCCUAGACUACAUCGGCGUCUCUCUCGCCGCCAGCCAGUCCUCUGACUCAACUCAACCUAUCCUCACCGCGAUCAAAACCCUCGGCGGCACCACCGGAGGGUCAAGCACAGUCCUAGGACUGGGCAAAUCCUUCACACCCCAAUACGCAGGUCUGUUGAAUGCCGCGCUCGGCCACUCCCUCGACUUCGACGACACAUACGCCAAGGGCACACUCCACGCCGGCGUCACCGCAAUAGCCGCUGGCCUCACUCAAGCUGAGAUCCUUGGAUCCUCGAUUGAUAUGGAUCGCUUCCUCUUAGCAGUUGCAAUUGGCUACGAAAUCACAUGCCGUCUAGGCAAAGAACUCGGCAACGAAGCAUACGCCCGUGGCUUUCAUAACACGAGCACAGCAGGCAUUUUCGGCGCCGUGGCGACUAUCGCCGUGCUCAAAAACCUCCCGGCCACCACUCUAGCCAACGCCUGGGGUCUGGCCGGCAGCAAAGCGGCGGGAUCAAUGCAGUAUCUCGCCAACGGCGCGUGGAAUAAGCGUCUGCACCCUGGCUUCGCAGUGCACGAUGCAUUCGUCUGUGUUGCGCUCGCUGAGGCGGGAGUUCUCGGCGCAAAAGAUAUCCUCGAAGGUCCGAUGGGUUUCUUGCACGCUUAUAGUCCAAAAUCUGACAAAGAUCUGGCGUAUUUGACGUCUGAGUUGGGGCAGAGGUGGGAGUUCCUCGAGACAUCGCUCAAACCAUUCCCCGCGUGCCGCAUGACGCACGGGUUCAUCGAGUACGCUACUACCCUUGGCCGAGAUCGCGGUGUUGGCGCGGAUGGUGUGAAGAGGAUAACCCUGAGCUUGAGUCCCGCGAAUGUAAGUGUCGUGGGGGCACGGAUUGCGAAUAAGAUCCACCCUGAGAAUAUGGUUGACGCGCAGUUCUCGGCGUAUUAUACUACCGCGCAUAGCUUUUUGUAUGGGAGUGAUGCUGCGGUGCGGGCGUAUGAAGAGGACAGAUUGGGGGAUAAGGAGAUAUAUGAGUUGUCGAAUAAGAUUGUGUGUGUUGGUGAUGCUGGUAUCAAGCACUUUGGGAGCAGGAUUGAGGUGGAGUACAGUGAUGGGAAGGUCGAGACGUUGGAUAUUCCGUAUCCGCUGGGCGAGCCGCAGAGGCCGUUUACUAGGGAUAGAGUCGAGAGUAAGUUCUUUGGGUUGGUCACGCCGGUCCUGGGAGAGAAAAGAGCUACGGCGAUACGUGAUGCUGUGGAGGAUAUUGAAAGUCAUACUGUGACAAAACUGUUGGAGAUGUUGUACUAAACUUAGGUAUACUUGAAAACCGGGGUAGAUACCAUGCAGCAUGUUUAAUGCAAAUCCAUGACAGCACC